CAUCGUCGCUCUUCAAAUCCCAAGCCAAAGUGUUCCAACGACGCCCUGCACGCCUUGCCUGUAUUGCCUGCGAAUCCACAUCUAGCGCCUGGCGUCACUGUCAAUCCACGUCGAUUAUCAUUGACCUCAUAGCCUCUCCUAAGACUUUUUGAGACCACGCUUCUCUCCUCUUUUCCCCCUUCCCUUCUCGACCAUGUGGGAAACGUCGAGGAGGAAUUCUCUGGCCUGGUUGAACAGUCGAUAUAUCUAUGGCCGAGUCCCAUUGCUUCAUACCAUCCUUCUCCUAAUCGAACUCGCCAUGGCUGCGCGAUUGAUAGCCAAAUUCAACUCCUACUAUGCAAAGAAGCCGGUACUGACUACAAUGAUCACCAAUGCGGUUCUUGGUGGCAUUGCAGAUACAGUUGCGCAGACAAUAUCAGCAUUCCGAACGCGACAAGCCUUGCUCCCUUCCAAUGAUCCUAGAUCAUUGAUUUCGUCCGGCGUCGAGCUGGAAGACCUCAAUGAAAAGCCUGCCAGAUUGUCGCCGACCCUGUCACCGCGGCAUACCGGCCCUCAACCCUUCGACUUCGAGCGACUGACCAGAUUCAUGUCGUACGGUUUCCUCAUGUCUCCGCUCCAAUUUCUGUGGUUCGGACGACUCACCAAGUGGUUUCCGAUCACGUCGACGAGCGCGAUGGUGCCAGCAAUGAAGAGAGUGGCCAUGGAUCAACUGGUGUUUGCUCCCUUCGGUCUCUCAUGCUUCUUCACAUUCAUGACGGUGGCCGAAGGUGGAGGCAGAAAGGAGGUGGUCAGGAAAUUCCAGGAUGUCUACGUCCCAACCUUGAGGGCCAACUAUAUUCUGUGGCCGGCUGUUCAGGUCAUCAACUUUCGGGUAAUGCCUCUACAGUUUCAGAUCCCUUUCGUCAGCACAAUCGGGAUCGCUUGGACAGCGUAUCUGAGUUUGACGAAUUCCAAGGAGGAUGAAGACAUGCAGCAAUAGCGCCUUACAAAGUUCUGGACUUCCGGGUCAGUCACGGUCUCGGUAAUAAGCAUUAGUGGCGUUCAGACUGGCUUAGCGAUAUGAUUUGUACUAUUACUGCCCGAGCGAAGCCAUGAACAGGGGGAUUGGCACGGCUUGAUCGCUCCUGCUCUCU